CUUGUGGCACGGCUGUCAUCGCAAAGCAUUGCUGGCGAAGACUUGUUGAUCGUACCGCUUUUAUCGGGAAAUUCUGUGAUAUUUUCACUGUACUUAGCAUCAUUCCAGUGAUUUCUCUACUUACGACAUAUCCAUAAUCCAUCCAUGGUAAUUGUACCUCAACAGUAAUGCUCAAAAUAUUCUUGUUUACGCUUUUGGCCCUUACCGGCAUUUGCCGUGGGUCCAGCUUGGAGACUGUUAGUGAAGAUGAUCUCGUAAAGAAGUUUCACAGCCAUAACAACUUCAUUGUGCUUUUCUCUAAACCAAACUGUCCUGACUGCGACAAAUUUGAGGGGAUCUUAUCGAAACUGACACAGGAGUUUGAGGACAAUCUGCAGGCACAUGCUGUAAAGGCGGUGAGCAGUUCUAUGGCACGGCUUUACAGUCCGAGCAAGGAACCGGCGGUGGUGUAUUUCCGCCACGGCGUUCCCCUGCUGUACGAUGGUCCGAUAGAGGAGGAUGCUCUGAUCGGCAAGCUUGUACAAAACAAAGAUCCUAACGUGAAGGAACUUUCCGAUGAAACGUUCGAGCAUCUUACCCAGGCGUCUAGCGGCGCUACUACCGGUGACUGGUUCAUUAUGUUUUACACAACGAAUUGUGUCGAAUGCCAACGACUUACUGCCGUUUGGGAAGCGGUCGCAGCUGAUCUGAAAACGCGCAUGAAUGUUGCCCGUGUGCAAAAGGAUGGAAAAGGGAGUGAAACAGCCACUCGCUUCCAGGUUAAAAAUGUGCCUGAAUUCGUUUUUCUACGCCAAGGAAAAUAUUAUCGGUACGAAAUAAGUAAAUAUGAUAUCAAAUCUUUUGUAACAUUCGCCCAGGAUUGGUACAAGAAUGCAAAGGCUACAAGAGUUCCAGUACCAUUGUCACCCUUCGAUAAUCUCGUGGAAUUGGCUGUUCAGUAUCUUAAGGACAUGCCAAGCAUGUACGCCAAACUGUACAACGAAUAUCCCAUGGUGGUGUACGCAUUUGCUGCAGGCUUGUUGUUCAUCGUCGGUGGCUUCGCGCUGGCCAUUAUACUGGCCAUUGUGACUCGCUGCAAAGCAGCAUCCCGAGCGAAGAAGGAAACGACCAAGAAGGCAAAAUAAAUGCUCGCGAUGUGAUUUAAAAUCAGAGAGCAAUAACAUAUUUGGAAACAAAUGAAAUAAUGUCCAAAUAGAAUGAUUUUAAAAAUAAACCAACCAUAUCAGUCUCAGGGGUUCUUGGGGUUUCAUAUCUGCCUUGUUAAAUUUGAUUUGCUCUACGAACGGUAUCGGGUUUCGGCAAAGUUCCAGUCGAGUCGAUUCAAUUGAAAAAUAAAGAAAAUUAAAUUUCAUAUCGUUACAACGAAAACGUGUUUUUACAUCGGAAUAAACAUUUCAAAAUAAUCUGUCAAACAUUUUGUCCUGCACGUGUCACGACUGUCACUGGAGUAAACAAAUAAACCGUGUGCUACCAACAACAGUUUUGUUUCUUGCAUUGAAACUUUAUUAACGGGAGUUUUCUUUAUUUCCGGAUGGAAACCAUCGCUUCAAAAUACAAUAGAUUAGGCCCUUUGUAGAAUGUCAAACACAGCAACCACCAGCGAUGGACUAGGACCAGUGAAAAAGUCCACGGAGAAAACUCCACGCAAAAGGAAUCGCACCGACGGCG